AGUAAAUUGACUCCGUCAACCCAUGCAAUUCCAUUUCUUGUGAACUUUUCGUGAACGCGGACUUAUGUUUACUAGUGUCCUCCUGUACCUGCAUCAUGUAGUUUACCCCUAUAUCUGCAUCAUUAUACCACGCCCAAAUCUCCCCUAAGCCACUCUCUUUCUCUCAUCUCUCUCAUCUCUGUUGAUGGAAAGAGGAAUGGCCUUCCCUGCUGGACUCAGCCUCCUUGUUCUUCCAGCUAGCUUCUAGUCUUAAGAAUAAUCCUCUCUUCUAAUCCUCUGAUCUCUUUCUCUGAUCUCCCUUAUCUCUGGCUCUCUCUAUUGAUGGCAAGAGGAAUGGCUUUCCCAGCUGAACUCAGGGUUCUAAUAACUACUGUUCUGGUCCUAAUCCUUGUUCCUCCAGCUUCUAGUCUUAAGAAUACCGAUCAGUCCUGUCCUCCUUCUUCCUGUGGCAAUAUCCCCAACAUCAGCUAUCCGUUUCGACUAAAAGGCGAUCCACCAAACUGCGGGGACCAAAGGUAUGAGCUCUCAUGUGAUGACAACAAUCACACGUUGUUAUCUUUAAAUGGUAGUAAAUACUACGUGAGCCAAAUCAAUUACAACAACUACACAAUCCGAAUUGUAGACUCAGGUAUUCAGGAGGAUAACUACUCCUUCAUCCCUCGUUAUUUUUUGAACUCUGGUAAUUUCACUUGGCCGGAAUGGUAUAUUUCAGGUUUUACAGAAGUUGUUAUUGUGAACUGUGAAAAGCCAGUGUCUUCGGCUUCCCCUUUCCAUUUGAAAACGACUUCUACGAAUUGUUCUAAUAUUAAUAAUGGAUAUGGGUCAUCUUCCAACUCCUCUUUUUCUCAAGAUUCCAAACGGUACUUAUAUCUUAUUGUUGGUGGAGCGAAUGUGAUGGAUGUGGAGGAGUCAUGCACGAUAGAGCAAAUCUCUCUGGCAACGUGGCCAGGACAAAUUUCUGCUGAUUCCUGUACAGACAUCCGCAAUGUAUUCUCAUAUGGUUUUGAGGUUUCAUGGUACCGGAUUUAUUGUGGAAGCUGUGGAUCAUACCGUUAUUGCAGCAUCGAUGAGGACAAUGAUCAAGUUUCUUGCAAGCGAUUAUUGGGAAAUAUACCUCCUUGGGUUUUUUUCUUAGCAGAACAGGUCAGAAGUGCAGGUGAGUUUUCAAUCCCCAUAUAUAAGAUGUGUUUUUAUUAUUAUUUGAGAAUGAACAUCAAUAUUAUAUUAUAUUUAUUAAUAAAACUCCAUCAAAGGAGGGAAAGAACACAAGAUGGACAAUCCUCCAUCUGAUCAACAUUGGCUUCUCUUCUAAAUCAUUGAUCAAAUUGUAAAACAUAUUUUUCACAUCUGUAAUAGCCAACACCCAUAGCAUGCAACGUACUAAUUAUAAAUCCUUAAAACAAGCUGCUGUCAAAGAACUUUCUUGAAUUUUCUUUGAAUGAAAACACCACAGAUCCUUUGCUGCUAUACACUCCCAAAGAACAUGUAUUAAUCCUUAAAAGGACAGUUUGGUGACUAUUAUUUUUCUUUUAAAGAGAUUUAAAUUAGUGGAUAAGGCGUCUAAGCAAGCUCUCUGUAGGAAAACUUCUGCUGCAUUUGGAAUUGAUAAUUUCCAGAUUUUGUUCCAAACACCAAACAGCUUCCUUGCAAUUUGAAUUUGAAGAUUGGCUUUUAUCUCGAUCCAAUAUCUCUUUUCGUAAAUAAUAUGCACUUUUUACAGUAAAAUUACCAAUUAUCUUAUCUAGACAAUUUGAAAAACCAAUAGGUAGGUAUUCUCAGCAGCAAUUCAUCAUAGGAAAAUAUUUCUUCAAUUAAAUCCACAUUCCAGUGUUUAAUUAGUAUUUGAAUCAAUAAUAGCAGCCACUGAUUCUUCUUCAUUCAAUAUUAUCUCCAUAAGAUGUUAAAUGUAUAUUAAUAGCAUUCGUGAUUUCA